GAAGACGUAUAUAAGGAGAAAAGAUUUAUGACUGAAAGCAGACGCUGAACUGAGCUGAAGACUUGAACACAUCUAGUAUUUCUUCUCAAGUAGUAGCAAUGAAGAAGGUUUUACUGUGCAAUUGCCUUCUCAUGGCAGUCAUUGCCAUCAGCCAGACGGAUGCAUUCUUCCUAAAUAAGGGCUCUUCAGGGCGCGCAAUGAGAUCCUACGGUGGUGGUGGUGGCGGCGGCUAUCGUGGAAGUGCUGGAGGUGGAAGUGCUGGAUAUGGAGGCUCUUCCGGGGGAGGAGGUUUCGGAGGCUCUUCCGGGGGCGGUGGAUACAGAGGCUCUUCCGGCGGAGGUUCCGGGGGUUCAUCCGGAGGCGGUGGAUACGGCAGUUCAUCAGGAGGUGCUGGAGGUGGAAGUGCUGGAUAUGGAGGCUCUUCCGGGGGAGGAGGUUUCGGAGGCUCUUCCGGGGGCGGUGGAUACAGAGGCUCUUCCGGCGGAAGCGGUGGUUAUGGUAGCCCAGCCGGCGGCGGAAGCAGUGGAUAUGGAGGUCCAUCAGCAGGCGGAAGCGGCGGAUUUGGAGGUCCUUCCGGAUAUGGUGGCUCAUCCGGCGGAAGCUUUGGGGGUAGCUCCGGAGGUGGUGGAUACGGUAGUCCAUCCGGCGGCGGAAGCAGUGGAUACGGGGGUCAAUCGGCUGGCGGAAGCAGUGGAUACGGGGGUCAAUCGGCUGGUGGAAGCAGUGGAUAUGGGGGUCAAUCGGCAGGCGGAAGCAGUGGAUAUGGUAGCCCAUCCGGCGGCGGAAGCAGUGGAUACGGGGGUCAAUCGGCUGGCGGAAGCAGUGGAUACGGGGGUCAAUCGGCUGGCGGAAGCAGUGGAUAUGGUAGCCCAUCCGGCGGUGGAAGCAGUGGAUACGGGGGUCAAUCAGCAGGCGGAAGCAGCGGAUUUGGAGGUCCGUCUGGAGGAUCCGGACAAUAUGGAGGCUCAUCCGGCGGAAGCUUUGGAGGUAGCUCCGGAGGAGGUGGAUACGGAGGCUCGUCAGGUGGUAGCGGAAACAUUUAUGGAGGCUCUUCCGGAGGAGGGGGCUUCGGAGGCUCAUCCGGCGGUGGAUACGGUAACCCAUCAAGCGGCGGCGGAAGUGCUGGAUAUGGAUCCUCUUCGGGAGGCGGCUUUGGUGGGUCUUCUGCUGGCGGAGGAAAUGGAUAUGGAAGCUCAUCCGGAGGUGGUGGAUACUGAAAAUAAAUUCCAGUGAGUAAAUAAGCAUAAUCCCAAACAGUACAGUAGCAAAGCUUCAGAGUUAUGUUACAAUAUGCAUCUUUUACAUAUUCAAAAUUAACAUUUUGGCUAUCCAUCUUUUAUUGAACAUUGAAAUGAUGGAUGGAAUUCACCAAUAUGUACCUUACAAUUGAAAUACACAUCUGUCGUCUCAUUUUA